AUGUUCUCCAUUACGCUGCUGCUGAUUGCUGCCGCUUUCUCCGCGAGGGUAACGGCUGUUCCGCGCCGUUCCAUGGUUCAGGAGGGAGACGACGUGGUCGUGACUGUUGAGAACGGCGACCUGAGGGGCGUGGUGGCCACGUCACUGAACGGCGCUCUCUACAACCAGUUCCUCGGCAUACCGUUCGCCACGCCGCCUGUGGGAGAUCUCCGAUUCCGUGACCCGCAGCCGGCUCCCUCCUGGUCCGGGGUUCGAGACGCGCUUACCCUCGCGCGAGGCUGCCCCCAGACCGACUACGACGGUUCCGAAGACUGCCUCUACCUCAACGUGUAUGUGCCGGCUACGGGGGGUGGUCCUUUCCCCGUCAUGGUCUACAUUCACGGUGGCGGCUUCUCAAGGGGUUUUUCCUUCGAUGGUACUCCACACUAUUUCGUGGAGAAGGGAACUGUGUUGGUCACAACCGCCUAUCGUCUCGGCGCACUUGGUUUCAUGAGCCUGCAGAACGAUGACAUCCCGGGCAAUGCGGGCCUCAAGGACCAGGUGCUGGCACUGCAGUGGGUACAGAACAACAUUGCCAGCUUCGGUGGGGAUCCUAGCAGGGUCGCCAUUUUUGGUGAGAGCGCUGGCGGCGCCUCCACAUCACACCUGUUCCUUUCACCAGCGACCAGAGGGCUCUUUAGCCAAGUGAUCAUGCAGAGUGGAGUAGCGACGACCCCCUGGGCGCUGGCUGAUAAUCCUCGCGAGAAGGCAUACCGUAUGGCGGAGGCGCUCGGUUUCCAGGCACAGGGCGACAACCACACUGACGACGACGACGUACGGUUGGCUGCCUUCUUUCGAGCUGCCAACUAUUCAGACCUCAUUAACGACACCUCAAUCGCACUCUCGGAUCUCGAGAACCGCUGUCCACUAUCGCUGGCGUUCGUACCCGCCGUGGAACCGCCAUCGGACUCGGCGGUGAUCGUCGAGCCUCCAGCAGACAUUCUCAGGACCGGCAGUUACAACCAGGUGCCCAUAAUUGUGGGCGUCACUUCCGCAGAAGGCACCGUCGUACCCACCUUGACCGAAGCAAAGAUCGCGGACUUGAAGGAGAACUUCACAAUGCUGAUCGGCUCCCAGCUGCCACUGCCCACGGAGGAACAGCGGAUUCGUGCUGCGGAGCAGCUGGAGCAAUUCUACUUUGGGGACGAGGGCUUCUCCACGGACGACAUGCAAGCCGUUAUUGAUCUGUUUUCAGACUUGUACUUCAUACAAUCAGCGGACUCCUUCGCUAGGACCGUGGCCAACUCCAACAGCCUACCUGUUCACUUCUAUUUCUUCGAGUACAAUGGAACUGGCUCUACAGAUUACGGUAUGAAGCAUGCAGGGGAAACUCCGUAUCUGUUUCCGAGCAACUCAUCGGGACCAGACACGGACCCCAAUUCCAAUGAUGGGCAGGUGGCAGACCUGUUGACAACUCUGUGGACCAAUUUCCCCAAAUACGGUGAUCCGGCGCCAUCCGGAAGUCCAGUGGUGUGGGAAACGUUGACGGCGAAUGCUUCCAACUAUCUGGAUAUGCAACUGGAGUUUACAACACGUCAGGACGUCCUCAAGGAACGGAUGGAUUUCUGGAGAGAUAUACUAGCUUCUUAAAGAGCUGAAUGCUGUGAUAUUCUUUGUUAUGUUCUGCUCACUGCAAAAUACAUUUUAAUGCGUUUAGUUUGAAAACAACA